AUGGCUGAUCGUCCUAUUGUUACUGUUGUUGAAGCAACUGGCGCUCAAGGAGCUGCAGUUGUUCGAUCGCUGAUUGAAACAGGAAAAUAUAAGAUUCGUUGUUUAACACGUGAUCCAAAUAGUGAGAAAUCUCAAGCAAUGAAACGUUUGAGUGAUGAUAUUGACAUGGUUAUGUAUGAUAUUAAUAGGAGUGAUGCUGUUCAACGUGCAUUCAAAGAUUCUUGGGCUAUAUAUGCAGUGACGGAUUCCUGGACGCAUCCAGAUCAAUCUAAACUUGAAAUGCAACAAGGUAGACGCAUGGCUGAUACUGCCGCUUCACUCAAUCCGAUACCUUAUAUUAUCUUCAGUACACUUGAAGAUGUGAAUGAAUUGAGCGGAGAAAAAUAUAGUGUACCACAUUUCUCAAGGAAAUCGAGAUUACGCGAUUAUAUCAAACGACAACAUCCGAAUUUAAAAGCGAUUUUUCUUGAACCUGGUAUCUACAUGCAAAAUUGGCAAACACUUUUCAAACCAAUUAAAUCCGAUGAUGAUACACUGAUGUUUACUGCUCCCAUUGAUUCUCAAACGAAAUUACAUUUAUUAGACAUCGAAGACAUAGGUCUUGUAGUUCGUGAAAUUCUCACUAAUCCGGAAACGUUCAUCGAUCAAGAUAUUUGCAUUUGCGGUGACGCUAUUUGUUUUGCCGAUAUCUCAAAAGUUUUUACCAAGGUCACUGGAAAAGCAGCGAUAUCAAAAACACUCGAUGAAGAAGGAUUUCGAUCGAUGCUAUAUCAAAUGCCGGGAGUCGCUCAGGAUGAUCUGGUUGAUAGUUACAAAUGGUUUGAAGAAUAUAUUAAUUAUGAUAAAGAGAAGGAUUGGACAACGGGACAAAAGCUAUGGAAAUUAAAAACCUUCGAAGAUUGGCUCAAACAGAUCGGAUGGCAAGGUGAUUAG